AUGUCGCAUACCAUUGCUGGCGUCCCGAUUGCCUUCACCGACACUCGUCGGGAAUGGCAGCGAAUUUGGCAAAAGUUCGACCCGGCAACAGUCACGCUGCCUAAGGGAUGGGAGAGAGAGCCAGGCUACCGCCCCCUCCCUGUCGACACUGUCUGGCAUCGAGACAGCGCCAUCACCUUGAGGGACGGCGUCAAGAUAUACGCCGAUGUCUUCCGACCAAAAGAUCUCGAGGGAACCACAGUUCCAGCCAUAAUCUCAUGGGGUCCAUUUGGUAAGACGGACAAAGGCUUUGCCAAUACUGUCAACCUGGAAGUGGGUAUUCCCAGAAAUAGUCUCAGUGGACUUGAGUCAUUCGAGGGAUUGGACCCGGCAGAGUGGUGCCAGCGGGGAUACGCUAUUGUUAAUAUCGAUGUUCGUGGCAGCUAUAGCUCUGAGGGAGAUCUUUUUGUUCAUGGGAAGCAGGAAGGUGAGGAUAGCGCCGAUGCAGUUGAGUGGAUUGCACAGCAAAGCUGGUCCAAUGGAAGUGUUGGCAUGGCGGGCAACUCAUGGCUAGCUGUAAUCCAAUGGUUCACCGCGGCUCAGAAGCCUCCCCAUCUCAAAGCAAUUGCACCAUGA